AUGUACCCAUCAAUAACUUGGGAUCUAAUAGAAGAAAAGCUUAAUAACCUAGACGUCAACAAAGAAAUAAUAGAAUUAAUAGAAUUUACAUAUAGAAGUAACUAUUUCGAAACCAACGGAGAAUACUAUACUCAGACAGAUGGGAUAAGUAUGGGAUCCGUAAUCGGCCCGAAACUUGCCGAAUUAAUUAUGAUAGACAUAGAUAAUAUAAUAUGUAACAUACCAGGAAUAAAAUUCUACAAAAGAUACGUUGACGACAUCCUAAUAAUAUAUGACGAAACAGAAAUUAAGAUAGAAGAAAUUAACAAGCAGACAAAUAGUAUACAUAAAGCAAUAAAAUUUAAAAUAGAGACCGAAGAUAUAACAAGACAAAGCAUUAACUACCUAGAUAUUACAAUAACAAGAUUAAAACAUCAUCUCGAAUAUAGAACAUUCAAGAAACCGAGCUCUAACCAAGUAACAACAAGAUAUCAAUCAAAAAUUCCGUCAUACAUUAAAUAUAAUAUAUAUAAAAUGGAAUACGACAAAAUCAUAAACCGGACAAGCCAAGAAGCACAUAUAAACGAAGAUCUAAUGGAAUUAAGGAAGAAGUUUCUUUUAGCAGGAUUUCCGCAAAGAUUACUAAAACAAUGGGAAACCAGAAUUAAAGACCCCAGAAACCUAUGUAAAAAUAAAGAUAAACAAGUAACUAAAACAAAAUAUAUUAACUUUCCAUAUAUUAGAGGUUUAUAUGAACAAAUCAGCGCAGAAAUAGAAAAAAUAAACUACAAAUUAGCACCAUCAUAUCAAAAAAUGGAAAGCAGACUGUUAACCACGAACCAGAAGAAAAACCAGCAAAUACCGAUCGAAAACCAAGGUGUAGUAUACAAAAUUCCGUGUACCUGCGCAAACAAAAAACAUUACAUAGGAGAAACAAAAAGAAAAGUAAAAACUAGACUGAAAGAACACAUAGCAGAUCUUAAAUACAAUAGAAUAAAUUCUGCAUUUUACGAACAUUGUACUAUAAACAACUGUAAUAUAGAUAAAGAUAACGUAGAAAUACUGCAUAAAGAAAAAUUAACGUACAACAGAAAGUUUAAAGAAACCAUAGAAAUCAUGAAAAGUAAAGACAGUAUAAAUAAAAACUUAAGUCUUAAAAUAAACGAAAACUGGAUUAAUAUAUUAUAAAUAAUAUUUUUAUAAUAAUAUUUUUUUC